UGUUGAACUCCAUCAUCUAAUGGCUUCUCCCUCGAUACCCAAAAAAAUUUACGAUGUCUUCUUGAGUUUCAGAGGCGAGGAUGUCCGGAACAACUUUCUUGGUCAUCUCUACACAGCUCUUGACCAGAAUGGAAUCUACACUUAUGUUGAUAAUGAGGAGCUCAGGAAAGGAGAGCAAAUAACGCCGGCGCUUAUGAAGGCAAUCGAGGAAUCGCAUAUCGCGAUCAUUGUUUUCUCCGAGGAUUACGCUUCCUCGUGGUGGUGUUUGGAAGAGGUGGCAAAAAUCAUGGACUGCAAGGAAGAAAGAGAUCUCAUGGUAUUUCCGGUGUUUUACAAAGUGGAUCCCAAAGAAGUGAGAACACCAAGAGAGAAGUACAGAGAAGCUAUGCUUAAGCAUGAAUCCAAGUUCGGGAAGGAUUCAGAGGAAGUGAAGAGAUGGAAGAAAGCCCUUUAUGAUGCUGGUAGCUUGUCUGGGUGGCAUUUGAAAGAUGGAGAUGAGUCAAAGCUUAUACAAACAAUUGUGACGGAGAUCUCCACUCACCUAGACCGAACACCUUUGCAUGUUGCUAAGCAUCCAGUUGGGAUAGAUUCCCAAGUGGUUAAGCUAAAAUCAAUGUUAAACCUUGAGUCUAAUGAUGGUGUUCUCAUGGUGGGAUUAUGGGGACAGGGAGGCAUAGGGAAGACAGCUUUAGCAAAAGCCCUUUACAAUGCUAUUCAUAGACAAUUCCAGGGAUCGUGCUUUUUGGCAGAUGUUCGAGAAACUUCAAAAGAUUGCAAGGAUUUAGUUAGUUUGCAAAAAAAAAUACUAUCCGACGUAUUAUUGCCGAAAAGAUUAGUAUUGUCCAAUGUCCAUGGAGGUAUUAAUCUAGUACGAGAUAGACUUUGUCGCAAAAAAGUUCUCCUCAUCCUUGAUGAUGUGGAUGACUCGCGCCAGUUAAAUGCUUUAGCAGGAGAAGGCAAUUGGUUUGGUAAUGGGAGUAGGAUCAUCGUUACUACAAGAGAUAAACAUUUGCUAACUUGUCAUGGCAUAGAUCAAGAUCAUGUGUAUGAAGUUCAAGCAUUGGAUGACAGUGAAGCUCAUGAGCUGCUUAGUAAGCAUGCUUUUCUAACACAUCAAAAAUUAAAAAUCAGGACAGAUUUAGUGAAUAGUGUUCUGAAUCAUGCUAAAGGCCUUCCUUUAGCACUUGAGGUCCUGGGUUCCUUCUUAUGUGGUAGAAAAGAACAUGAAUGGGAAAGUACACUGAAGAAGCUUUCUAGGAUUCCUAACAAAACCAUUAAUGAUGUGCUCAAAAUAAGUUAUGAUGGACUAGAGGAAAAUGAGAGGGAGAUUUUUCUCCACAUAGCCUGCUUCUUUAAGGGGUGGGAUAGUAAAUACACAGAGAAAGUGCUCGACAGUUGUGAUUUUGAGACAACUAUAGGAUUAGAAAUUCUCAUUGAGAGGUCCUUGAUAAGCAUUGAGCGCGGAAUCCUACAACUGCAUGACUUGGUUCAAGUGAUGGGUAUGGAUAUUGUGAAUCAAGAAUGUCGAGAUGAUCCCAGCAGACGCAGUAGGCUGUGGCUACAUGGUGAUGUUCUGGAUGUUUUGUCGCACGACAUUGCAGAUUGUGCUAUAAAAGCCAUAGUGUUGGAGCCACCUGAGCUGAAAGAGAUAUGUAUCGGUCCUAAUGCUUUCACAAAAAUGAGAAGGUUGAGAGUACUCAUUGUGCGCAAUGUGCAUAAUUCUUUCCAAGGUCCUAUAUAUCUUCCUAAUGAGCUUAGAUGGUUUCAAUGGGCUGGAUGUGCUCCCUGGAUUCCAGAAUUUUCCUCUGGUCCAAAGAAAUUAAUAGGACUUCAUAUGAUCAAGAGCAGUAUCACAGUGGUGCCGCAACAAUUUAAGGACUUCCAACAAUUGAAGUACAUUAACUUGAGCGACUGCGAGUCGCUGGUUAGUAUGCCCGACCUCUCAUGUACUCCAAAUCUCGAGGAAUUGAAUCUCUUGAAUUGCAAAAACUUGGUAGAAGCACACCAGUCGAUCGCGUAUCAUGACGUAUUACAGGUGUUGAAUUUAAAGGGGUGCUCUAAACUUAGUGUUUUUCCAAAUGUGCUCAAGUCAAAAAAUCUCCGAGCUCUUAAUCUUCGUGAUUGCACAAGAUUUGAAAAGUUCCCUGAUAUUCCACAUAAACUUGAAGGCUUGAAAGAGCUUUCUUUAGGAGGGACUGCGAUUAAAGGACUUCCUGCAUCAAUAAAAAAUUUUGUCUCUUUGGAGGAAAUGUUCUUAUAUAAUUGCAAGAACCUGGUAAGUCUUCCGUCCAGCAUUUACGAGUUACAAAACCUUAACAGCUUGCAAGUUGAGUGUUGCACAAAUUUAAUUGGGUUUCCAAAGUAUGAGGAUUCAACUGAUCCGUGCAUGAAGACCGGACUUCCAAAUUUACUCUGGUUAGACCUUGCGGGAUGUAAUCUGUCUGAAGUAGAGUUUCUUGAGAAUCUUUCCUGUUUUCCCUUAUUGAGGCAAAUAGUUCUAUCGGGUAACAAUAUUAUUAGCCUUCCUACAUCCAUCAAUAAGCGUGAUCAGUUGAUCGAAUUGAUAGUUACAAAUUGCCAUCAAUUACAAGAGAUUCCCGGGCUUCCACCAUUAUUGCAUAAUCUUUAUGCGGAGGGUUGCGAAUCUCUGCCAAGAACUGGAGAUUUACCUUCAUUUCAAGAUUUUGUCCAUAGAUGGUUGACCACGGCUGAUAUUUAUUCACUUGACCCGAUUCAUCCUGAUUUCGUAACUAUUCUCCCUAGAGGAGAGAUGCCAGAGUGGGUCCUGCCUGCUAAAGAGGGUUCCAUAUCUUUCAUGGCUUCAGAGGACUUGUAUAACAAGUUCCUUGGAUUGGCUCUGUGUGUUGUUGUUGGUGACGAUGAACAAAAGGAGGAAAUCUCGUUUGAGCUUGUAUCACAUGUUAAUGGCGAAAGGCAGAAUAGCCCUAGGUUUUCUCACUAUACGUUGGAUUCGGAUCAUAUCUGGCUUGAGUAUAUGACACCAUCUAAGCUAUGGGGAGCAGUUGAUUUUGGUCAAAUUUAUGGGAAUUAUGUACUAUUUAGCCUUGAAGUGUCGAGUAGAGUGGUGAAAAAGUGGGGAUUCCGAAUAAUAUGCAAGCAUCUAGAGGAAGGUGUAAAGAUCGUGCUUCAAGAUAAUCAGCUAAUAGAUCCAGCCUUACUCUACGAGAUUGUUCAGGAAUCAACAGAUUCGGAAGCCGAGAGUUCAGUCGUGAACGAAAAUAGUUCGAUCGAAAUAGAUUUACAGAAAGACUUGCAAGAUUGUCAAAUGAAUACUGAGAAACAGAGUCAAAUAGGCACAAAGGGAAAUCAUAAGCUUAUUCUCACUCAAGGGAUUCGAACUGAGACUAUGUUGACUUCCAGUUCGACCAGCAAAUAUGAGCAUGGUGGUGUUGGCUUGCAGCUUUUGUUGUUAGAAUGAUGGAAACUUGCUAAGGAACCAAUUCGCAGCUACAGCGAUGGAAAUGAUUGGCCCUGCAGAGAGCUCUCAAGGAAAGCAUGCAAAGGAUGUGACUGGAGAGUUACACGAGGAGGCUUGGGCAAACAAGAAGAAGAAGAUCGCACGCUCUUACGUGUGGGAAGCAUGCAAGCAUGGAGAGGGGUCCUGAUGGAUGAAGAUUUGGUCAGAACAUGUAAAAGAAGUGGGAAGUUAUCGUGCCGUUUAUCAACGCGGGACGUGCAUUUGAUGCCGGUGGAGGUAAAAUUGGCAGAGAAGAUACAACUUCCAUUGGAGUAUAGAAGACGAAGGCGUAAUAGAAGAGAGUGACGCACGCACACAAGAAUACUCUCCGUGAGUUUUAUCUAAUCUUUGUUUUUUCAUUUUUUACUUUUUCUUUACUUGCACCUUCGCUUCUUGCCACUUUCAUUUCCGUGUAUUUUCUUUUCAAAAUUUAUUGCCUUUCAAUGUAAUCUCAAUUCCGGUGCAUCUACCUUAGUCUCACGUAGAUUCAUCCCUCCAAAUCCUAAGCAAAACCUCAAAAAGUUUCAUCCUAAGGUCACUCGGACCUCGGAGUCCUUAAGAUGUAAAGCUUCUACGAGGUGUUUCCUCUCGCUGGGGAAGACAAAGAUGCAGCAGGAAAUAGGGGGCAGAGUGUGC